GAAAUGGUAAUUUAGAAGGAAAAAGAAAAAAAAAAGUAAGAGCAGCUCAUAUCCACGAUCUCUCCGUUUAUGCAAGAUUAGGUGGAAAAAAAAUACUUUUUGGUUGCAUAAAAUCUUUGUCUUCUCCGUUCCCAUCAAUUCCUUCAGAUUCCGGAAGCGCCAAGUUUCACGACGACGCCACUACCGGGAGCCUUCUUCAUCUGUUGAUGAUUAGGAAUUAGUUUCGUCACCAACGUAACGUACCUGCAGACACAGUACAUUUUCGGUCUGCUAGCUAAUUAAUUAAUCAAUGACCACGACUCUAGAGCAGGAGAGCCGAUGGGGAUCGGACGAUAUUACACAGCUUGAUACGAUGAUUUUCGGAUCACAGUUCAACAACCUGACGGAGGAGUUUGUGGAGGUGACGCUUGAUGUACAAGAAAACAACACGGUUGUGCUUCGAAGUGUUGAGCCAGCGACGAUAAUAAAUAUUGAUGAUGGCGUCUCCGCUGGCGGUUCUGCAACGCCGACCUUAACUUCCCCUUCGACUUCCAGAUCUACCUCGGUUAAGCGGAGUUCUUCGCAUCGGUUUCGGCAGUUCUCUCAUGAACUCAAGGCGGAAGCCAGGGCUAAGGCGAAGCAUUUCUCUCACGAAUUGAAGACCGAAUUGAGGAAAUUCUCGUGGAGCCGGAGCCAUGUGUCGAAAGCAUUCGCCGGGUCAUCGUCAACCGUGAACACGAACGGUGGUGUUGGAGCAGAGCAAAGCGGAAGGGCUUCGGCAUUAGCUGCUAGAGAUUUGAGAAGGCAACGAGCAAAGCUUGAUCGAACUCGUUCCGGUGCCGAGAAGGCUUUAUAUGGAUUAAGAUUCAUAAGCAACAAAAACAAAACGACUGGCGUCGAUUCGUAUAGUGAACUUGAGAGCAAUUUCAAUAAGCUCGCCAAGGACGGAUUUCUCAGCCGCGCCGAUUUCGCGCAAUGCAUAGGAAUGAAAGAUUCGAAAGAGUUUGCUCUGGAGUUGUUCGAUGCUUUAAGUCGGAGACGAAGACUCAAUAACUCCGAUCAAAUUAGUAGAGACGAUUUGUUCGAGUUCUGGUUGCAAAUUACAGAUCAAAGUUUUGAUUCCAGGCUCCAGAUCUUCUUCGACAUGGUCGAUAAGAACGAAGAUGGCCAUGUCACGGAAGAAGAAGUAAAAGAGAUUAUCAUGCUAAGUGCGUCAGCCAACAAGCUGUCUAGGCUUAAGGAACAAGCAGAGGAAUAUGCAGCCUUAAUCAUGGAAGAAUUAGACCCAGAAAGACUGGGUUAUAUUGAGCUAUGGCAAUUAGAGACACUUCUGCUGCAAAAGGACACAUACAUGAACUACAGUCGUGCCCUAAGCUUUACCAGCCAAGCCUUGAGCCAGAACCUACAGGGCAUUAGACAAAGAAGCCCAAUUAAAAGACUUGGCACGAAAGCGCUUUAUUUUCUGCAAGAGAAUUGGAAGCGAAUUUGGGUUUUGACACUUUGGAUUCUGAUCAUGGUUGGGCUUUUCAUAUGGAAGUUUUUUCAGUAUAGAAAUAAAAACGCCUUCAAAAUUAUGGGAUACUGUCUCACCACGGCAAAGGGUGCGGCUGAGACCUUGAAGUUCAACAUGGCUCUCAUUCUUUUGCCAGUUUGUAGAAAUACUAUUACUUGGCUAAGGACAACCAAAAUAGGUUACUACGUACCUUUUGAUGACAACAUCAAUUUUCACAAGGUAAUUGCGGUAGCUAUUAUAGUUGGUAUCAUUCUCCAUGCUGGAAACCAUCUUGCAUGUGAUUUUCCAAGGCUGCUUAAAUCAUCCGAUGCUGACUAUGCGUAUGUGAUGGAUGACUUUGGUAAGAUUAAGCCCAGCUAUAUGGACCUUGUUAAAGGGUGUGAAGGUGUUACAGGAAUCUUAAUGGUGAUCUUCAUGGCAAUAGCUUUCAUACUUGCAACACGAUGGUUUAGGAGAAACCUCAUUAAGCUACCCCACCCCUUUGAUAGGCUCACUGGAUACAAUGCCUUCUGGUAUUCACACCACUUAUUCAUUCUUGUUUACAUAUUGCUCAUCAUUCAUGGCCUGUUCCUGUAUCUCGUGCACAAAUGGUAUCUUAUGACGACAUGGAUGUACAUUGCUGUUCCAGUUUUGCUGUAUGCUGGAGAGAGGAUCCUGAGAUUCUUCCGCUCCGGAUCUUAUAGUGUUCAAAUCCAAAAGGUUGCCAUUUAUCCUGGAAAUGUUCUCAAAUUGCAAAUGUUCAGGCCGCCCCAAUUUCAUUACAAAAGUGGACAGUACAUGUUUGUUCAGUGUCCUGCAGUUUCUCCCUUUGAAUGGCAUCCAUUUUCAAUUACCUCGGCUCCUGGAGAUGACUACCUUAGUAUCCAUGUACGGCAGCUUGGUGAUUGGACCCAAGAGCUUAAAAGGGUUUUCUCUGAGGCUUGUGAGCCUUCCGUCUCCGGCAAGAGUGGCCUUCUAAGAGCGGAUGAAACUACAAUUAAAAGUUUGCCAAAGCUUUCAAUAGAUGGACCAUACGGUGCCCCAGCACAGGACUACCAUAAAUAUGAUGUGCUACUACUCGUUGGCUUAGGCAUUGGGGCUACACCUUUCAUCAGCAUUUUGAAGGAUUUGUUGAAUAACAUUGUGAAAGUGGAGGAGCAGUUGGAUUCACCUACUGAUAUCAGUAGCUCUGGAGACCUCAGUUGUCUGAACAAAGAUUGUCACGCUCCUAAAAGAAAGAAUAAUCUGAAGACCACAAAUGCCUACUUUUAUUGGGUUACGCGAGAGCAGGGCUCCUUUGACUGGUUCAAAGGCGUUAUGAAUGAAAUCUCCGAGCUGGAUCAAAGGGGGUUAAUUGAGAUGCAUAACUAUCUGACUAGUGUGUAUGAGGAAGGAGACGCUCGUUCAACUCUCAUUACCAUGGUUCAAGCCCUCAAUCAUGCUAAGAACGGAGUAGAUAUUGUAUCUGGCACCAGGGUGCGAACCCACUUUGCCAGGCCUAACUGGAAGAAAGUUCUCAGCAAAAUCACUACCAAGCAUUGUGGUGCUAGGAUAGGUGUCUUCUAUUGCGGAGCUCCAGUUUUGGCCAAAGAACUUGGUCAGCUCUGCCAUGAGAUUAACCAAAAGGGUUCAGCAAAGUUAGAUUUUCAUAAGGAGCAUUUUUAAGAUAAGUUUGGUUUGGAUGCAUCUUUUCCUCCCUUUCAACCUCGUUCAUAAUCAUCCAUUCUUAUCUCAAAAAUAUCUCCAGAUUAAAAAUUUCUACAUUAACAUUGUGGAAGUCCUCAAGAUGGAAAAAAAAAAACAAAAUAUAAAAUAAAUAACAUUGAUAACUUGUAGAGACUAGAUAGGAAAGCAGAGAGGGAAAAAACAAAAACAAAAGGAGUUGAGUUAUAUGAGGUGACUUUGAAGACUUAGCCAUAUUUGUCCAAGCACAAUCACAAAUAAACAUUCUGGUUUAAUAGAUUAGGAAAUUUAAACAGGCCGAGGUUCUGCAUUGUAUAUAUGAUUAACCUAGUGCUGAACCGAUGAUGCAAUACAGUUACAUAGGAGAAAGAAGAUCACCAAACUGUGGUAAAUAUUUUGAGCAUUUGGAAUUUGAUAAAGCAUUCAUAGAGGUCACAAAAGGGAACCGUUCUGACUUGUGGAUAGAGGAUUAAAUGGAUUUCUGAAAGUGGGAGUAAGAAGGUAGCUUAUAGUCUUCUCUUCCAAUGGGUAAAAGAAGUUCUUAUAUUCUUUGAUGGAGAAGUUCACAACACCAGCAACUUCAGUUUCCUACAUAAUACUGCCUACCAAUAUAUCUGUGAAUAAUAGCUAUACUUCAAUGUUUUUAUAAUUAUUUUUGGACCAUUCUUUCUUGUAUAUUUAGAGGGGCAGAUUUUGUUACUAUAAUUAUUCCUUGAAUGCCAUGUGAGCAUCCCAUAAAAGUACAGUCACAAAUUUUUCCUUUGAAAUUAUUGUAUACUUCUAAUCUUGUAGUCAUUGAACCUAUGGUUAUGCUUUUUGUGGUCCUCUGGUUUUAAGAUCA